UACAGAACUGUUACUUCCUUCCCCUGGUGUGCUGGCGCUGUGGGUCCUGGUCACACACAUCAUGUACAUGCAGGAUUACUGGAGGACCUGGCUCAAGGGGCUCCGUGGCUUCUUCUUCGUGGGCGUCCUCUUCUCGGCCAUCUCCAUCGCUGCCUUCUGCACAUUCCUCGUGCUGGCCAUCACCCAGCAUCAGAGCCUCACAGACCCCACCAGCUACUACCUCUCCUGUGUCUGGAGCUUCAUUUCCUUCAAGUGGGCCUUCCUGCUCAGCCUCUAUGCCCACCGCUACCGGGCCGACUUCGCUGACAUCAGCAUCCUCAGCGAUUUCUGACCCAGGGGUGAGGUCUCUGCACCCUGGGGGGCCUCAGGACCUGGACUAAGCCUCUGAGCCAUCGGGAGGGCCUGCUCCCACCCCUUGGGGACCCCAGAACUGCGGCAGAAAAUACACAGCAGGACGAGUGUGGCCUCCCAGGAAGCUGUUUGCUCGUCCCCUUCGGAGGAAACCUGGGUGCAACGGAAAGGGGAUCCUGCCGUGUUGCUCCCCGUUGGCCUGGCCAAGGACAGCUCUAGACCUUUUCAAAUGGACGUUUUCUUAGCACUCAGUGAGGAAACUUUGUAAGUAAGGCCAGGGCAAUAAGGUCAAGGGCUAGGACCAUGCAGCCUUGACCCAUGCCUGGUGCUGGAGGCAGAGGGCAGGGGGUUUCGUCCCUGCUACCCCAGACUCUCCCUGAUGCCAGAGUGGGAAUCUAGGGAGGUCAGGUCAAGGAAGGAGUCUCCAGCAGAGCACCUGAAGCCCCCCAUCCUGCCAUCUCCCAAGGGUUAGGUAGCUUUAACUCAUCAGUCCCUGGGAUGGCAAAAUUUGGCUUUCCCCACAGCCUGAGGAGGUUGAGUGGAGAGCUCAGUGUCCCUCCUCCCAUCGUUCUACCCAGAGCUGGUCUCUCAAGAGAGUGCUAGAGCCAGACAGUCACUGCCCCUCCUCCCGCCAGUCUCACAUACACCCCAAAGUGGACUCCCCAAACCAGGCACACUAAGGGCCACAGCGAAUGUGCUCCUGCCCCCAGGACUUUGGGGAAGGGGGCAACAUGGUGUCCAGCCUCCCUGUAUUUCUACUCUGCCUUCUCAGAGUGCCCCUCACUGUACCCAGAACACCCCUGGCCACAAGAUACCUUCUCUCCCACUCCAGCCCCUGCUCACUGCCCUUUGCUAGAGUGUUUAUCUUUUUACAUCUCCCUUCUGAAGGACAAAAUGCUUUUCUGCCCAUACACUGGUCCAAGGGCUCACCUAACUCGGGAGGGAAGGGCUGUUGUCAAAUAUCCCUUUUCAUGUUAAGUUGCCAUUUUGCACGGUCUACCCUUCCCCACCUGGUGUGUCCUGCACCCCAGCUCUUUGCCUUAUCUGUGUCACUGUCACUUUAGCAGAAAUACAGCGGCCAUUUAUAUUAGACAGCCUCUGGCUGUUA